AUGGAGGCAAAUAACUCUCAGAUCGGUGGAUCCUCGGUUAAGAAGAUCAAUGAUCGGGUCAUUUUUGUUCAGGUUUUGGUGGCACUUUUCCUUUGCAUCAACUUUACGCUGGUCACAACUUUUUUUAUGAAGGAUUACUUCUACACAACCAUGCGGUAUAUCUUAUUUGCUAUUACACUAUUGUCUGACUGUACAUUUUUACUCAUAUCUAAUACCCUGCUAAUUUUAGUAAAUUUUCAAUACACCAUUCAAAUGUGGCUGUGCCUUAUUAUAUUCAUCAUGUUGUCUGUGUACACUUUUGUCACACCAGUUACUCUGACAGCAAUGACCCUGGAGCGCUACGUGGCCAUUUGCAUGCCCCUCCGACAUGCAGAGCUGUGCUCCACACGCAGCGCUCUGUACUGCAUCCUUAUCAUUCAUGGCCUCAGCUCUGUACCCUGCAUUAUUAUUCUGUCCAUCUUCUUUUCAACUGCCACCCUCAGCGUUUUCAGACAAAACAAUGUCUGCACUGCAGAUGUUUUCACCCAUCAAACCUGGCAGCGUCAUUUUAGGUCAGCUAUCAGUGAGUUUUACUUCUUGAUCAUGUUUAUUACUAUUAUAUUCUGUUAUGUUAAAAUAAUGAAAGUGGCCAAAGCGGCAUCAGGUGAGAAUAAAAAGUCCACAUGGAAAGGGCUCAGAACUGUAAUUCUUCAUGUAUUCCAGCUGCUGCUGUGUCUCACACAGAUGUGGUGCCCGUUCAUAGAAGCAGCUGUACUUAAAAUCAAUUUCAGGUUAUUCAUUGAUGUCAGGUACUUUAAUUAUAUCAUGUUUAAUCUUGUUCCAAGAUCUCUGAGUCCUCUUAUUUAUGGACUCAGGGAUGACAAGUUUUUUCUUGCGCUGAAAUACUACGCUUUCUGUGGCUUUGUGAACAACCAAUCCUUAGAUUUGACAAAUUAA